CGUUCCACUACACAGUCUUUUACUUUGACACGACCGACAUAGACUUUCCAGAUUGCUAAGAGAAUGGGAGAUAAUUUUUGUUCUGUGUACAUGUCAUUAUUUGUGGCUAGAAUAGUCAUGUUGGGCUUCAAGGCUGCGUUUGAAUGUUAAAUACGGUUAGAACACUUUAGUGCCCUAAUAGUAAGCAUUUUUAUGCUUUCUAUCGGUAGUAAGGUUUCAGACUAUAAAUGCAUCAUAGAAUAUAGACUGUUGGAGAGCACGUGACUACUUAAUGAGUCACUCUACUCGGUUCAUACUGAAUGUAUAUGAAGUGUCACGUGAUUAUUAUCUGAGGGAAAAUUUUUUGAAAAUAUUAUUAAUAUAUGUCAACUACUCUACGGGCAGAUUGGAAACCUGACCGUGUGAAAUGUAUGUUACAAAUACUUUAGAGAACUCUUUAGAGAACCUUUAAGACGGUUAGAACACUGCAGUGCUGUAGUAGUAGUAGUAAACAUAUGAUGCAUUCUAUCAGUAAUAAUGUUUCAGAAUAUAAAUACAUCAAGAUAAGUAUACAGAAGUAGAUACUACUAGAUAGCACGUGACUACUUAAUGAGUCACUCUGCACUGUUCAUACUGAAUGUAUAUAAAGUGUCACAUGACAAUUAAUUAUCUCAUAGAAAAGUUAUUGAUAAAACGCUCAAUUUUUGGGAUUUAUUGCUCAAUUAAAACGUAUAUCGAAAUAAAAAUACCUUCAGAUGUCCCAUCUACAGGUGCUGUACUUUGGAAUCAUCUUUUUACCAAAUCUGUACGAUCAGGGCUAGGUGAGAACGAGUGGCUGACUAAAAGGAAAAAGUGGGUGUAGGAAAGAAGGCAAGGUUUUUUUUGUAGUGAAACACAAUAAGCCGCUUCGAGUUCCACUCGGUCGGCUUAACUAGAAAGCCAACGGCUCUGCGGUAGAUUGGAAGGUCGAUUGAGUGAAACUAUAAAGAGACAAAAUUAGAAAGUCUAGAAAGUUAUUGCAGUUUGACUUUUCUUGAGAAAGAUAAUGCUCAACAGGAAGAGAACAGAUAUAUAGUGCUCGAUAUGAUGAAACCUAUAGCAGAAUGUAUGAUAUGUUACUGACUGAGGUGACAUAUCAGCUGAUUCAUUAUCCUAUCGUACAUUCUGGUAUAGAUUUCAUAUCAAGCACUUUAUAGUAUAUAUUCACUAUUAAUAGGGAUGGUACUUUACCUUUACAUUACUUGUAACUAGUAACGAACUUAGUUAUUUGCUUACUGGUAACGAGUAACUAUUUCGUUACUUAGUUACUAGUAAUGAGUAGCUUAUUCCGUUACUUAGUUACUUCGUUACUCUCGUUACACCAGAAAGUAACAAAAAACCGUUACUUUUGGAGUAGUAACCAGAGUUACUAAGUAACGAAAUGAAUAACUCGUUACUAGUAAAGAAGUAACUAAGUUCGUUAGAAGUAACGAAAUAACUGACUAGUGAAGUUACCGAGUAACUAGAACAGUGCCACUCCUAACUAUUAACGAUAUCACGUGACGAUUGAUUAUCUGAUAGGAAAAACGACAGAGUAAUGAGUCCCAAAAGUUGAAAAUAUUUUCAAUAACUUUUCUCUGAGAUAAUAAUCACGUGACACUUCAUAUACAUUCAGUAUGAACCGAGUAGAGUGACUCAUUAGUCACGUAGUAGUCACGUGCUCCUCAUCAGUCUAUAUUCUGUGAUGCAUUUAAAAUCUGAAACAUUACUACCGAUAGAAUGUAUCAAAAUGUUUACUGUUAGGGCACUAAAGUGUUCUAACUGCAUUUACGAUUCAAACGAUGUCUAAAGUGUUUUCAAGAUAUAGUUGCCUCAGUCGGGUUUCCAAUCUUCCCGAAGGGUAGUUGGCAUCUACUUCGUGUUCUGCCUACAUAUCAUUAUCUGUGGCUAGAAUAGUCAUGUUGGGCUGCAAGACUUAGUGGUGCCCUUAGAAUUGUAUAGACAAAUUGGUCAUAUGUUACUGUGUUCUUUGCAGGUCAUUGUUUUGAAUCAUCCAGGUCAAAUUGGUCAAGGUUAUGCGCCUGUGUUAGAUUGUCAUACCGCACACAUUGCAUGUAAAUUUGCAGAAUUAUUAGAAAAAGUUGAUCGUCGAUCAGGCAAAACAAUUGAAGAAGCACCAAAAUUUUUAAAAUCAGGUGAAGCAGCCAUGGUUAAAAUGCUUCCAUCAAAACCUAUGUGUGUGGAGAAGUUCAGUGAUUAUCCACCAUUGGGACGUUUUGCCGUACGUGAUAUGAGACAAACGGUUGCCGUCGGUGUCAUCAAAGAUGUUGAAAAGAAAGCAGCAGGUUCAGCUAAAGUAACAAAAUCAGCAGCAGUGGCUGGUAAGAAGAAAUAG